ACCACGUGACCAGUCUUGUGACGUAUACGGAAGCAGAUGUUUAAGAAAACUGAAUUCCUGCUGGUGUCGCGGUCAGUAGCAGAAGAGGGAAACCACUUACAGAAGAUUUGCUGUCCCCACAAGACAUGUCUAUUUUCCCAAGAAUAUGUCUGAAGCCUGAGGUGACGGAGCAUCUUAAAAGUGUAUUUUUAAACAAGGAGAUCCUGGCUGCUGUGGGUCACCAUGAGGCGGAGCUUCGCUUCCAGAAGUUGCUCCUCUGCCUGUCUCACCCUCCGUCUCACACCUGUGUGCGAGCCAGCACCCACCUGGCUCCGCUGGAAGAGAUCCGGUCCAAGCUGCAAGAAGAGCUGAGCAAGCAAAAGUCGAGCGACUCGCCAGCAGAUGAGGCGUCCGUUCAGAUUCUUCCACACCCACGAGUCCCAGACGUCUUACUUCUUCCUGUUGACGGCCCGAGACAUGUGGAGCGGCUCAGCUCGGAGGUGGUGGUGGGGGCUCAGUGUGGCAACGCCGUCCUCAGAGGAGCGCACGUCUUCGCCCCAGGAAUCGUCGCCAGCCCCAAACACAUGAAGGCGGGAGACGUUGUGUCCGUCUUCUCCGACCUGGAGGGCAGGUGUACCCGAGGAGCUCUAAGCUUCCAGGGGAACAAGGUGUUUGUGGGGAAUGGAGUCGCAGAAAUGGAUCGCUCGAGUAUUUUCUGCACAGACGAACCUCCAAGAGGUGUGGGGGUUCGUAUGCUGGAGCCACUUUACAGAAGUCCCUCCUUUGAUGGGGUUCUGCCCAGCCUGGCGUUCCUGCAGAACUUCCCCUCUGUGGUUGUGGGUCAUGUGCUCGGACCGCGACCCGGAGAGCGAAUCCUGGAUAUGUGUGCUGCACCGGGAGGGAAGACCUGCCACAUCGCUGCCCUCAUGGGGGAUCAGGGAGAGGUGGUGGCCCUGGACAAAAUCCGGAACAAGAUCGACCGCAUUCGUCAGAAUGCAGAAACGCUGCGGCUGCAAAGUAUUAAAGCGUACUGCUUUAACGGCGCUCAGGCUGUGAGCAGCGACCCCACGCCACAAACACAAGGGCCGCCUUUCCCCCCUGAGAGUUUUGACCGGGUUCUGCUGGACGCCCCCUGCAGCGGCCUGGGACAAAGACCCAACAUGGCCAGCACCUGGAGUCUCAAGGAGAUCUGUUCGUACCCGCCCCUCCAGCGAAAGCUGUUUCACGCUGCGGUGCGGUUGUUGAAGAAGGGCGGGGUUCUGGUGUACAGCACCUGCACCAUAACGCUGGCGGAGAACGAGGAGCAGGUGGCCUGGGCUUUGAGCUCGUUCCCCUGCCUCACGCUGCAGCAACAGGAGCCGCACGUCGGCGCGGACGGCAUGCUGGGAGCUGGUUUGCCACGCGAGCAGCUGCGCCUCCUCCAGAGGUUCAGUCCGGAGUUGAGCUGGGAUCACACAGACGCCUCCGUCCCGCUCCCAGGCAGGGCCGACGGGGACACGAUUGGCUUUUUCAUCGCCAAGUUUCUGAAAAGCUGACUGCAGGCGUGUGCUUUCGGGAACAGACGUGUUUAUACUGCGACGGCGCGGCGUGCUUUUGAAACGCUGACAAAGAGCGCUCCGCUGUUUACAGGAUCUGCCUCUUAACAUUUGCGGCCCAUGUAGGGAUGAGCUUUAAAACACACACAGAGUGAAUGGGAGCUGGCAAAUGCAGCAAUGCUUGCGUCGCCAUAACAACAGUGACGACACAGCUGCCAUGGUGACGGCGGAUUCUCUGGAUCAGGAAGUAGUGCGCAGAAAGAGGUCAGGAGAGGUAUUAACAAUUUAGCAUCUUUAGCAGCACGGGAGACGAGGGGAGGGGUAAUUAAUUAGUCGGGUGAUGCAUCUGCCUGAACCACUGCAGUGUCUGGGAGGAAGUCACAGUUUUUCACAAUAAAAGCAUCUUUUACAGAAAUAUUGUCUUUUUUUAACAAUUUAAAGGCAUCAAAUGUACAUUUUAUAUACAUUUAUAGUUGUCAUAAGUAAAUAUUCAUACAUAUUCACUGUUUUUCAUGUUUGUAAAAACUGGAUUUUUCAUUAAAAUAUGAAUAAUAUAUGAUAUAAAACCUAUUUAUUUGUAGCAAUUCUCAAACUUUGUGAAAAGAUUUAAAAACAUUUACCAACUAGAUUUAUAGCAUUACCCGCAAUGAGGCAAAUGUGAAUACUGUAGGUUGAAUGUGGCUGAUAAUGAAAAUGAUGUGGCUGAUAAUGAAUCUGAAACCUCGUCAAAAUAUUAGCUUAAUGCCAAAUUAGCCAAAUGAACUGGAAAAAAAAAUCAAAUUUUGCAAAAAAAAAAAAAAAA